AUGAAUUCUGAUGGAAACGAUGAAGAAUGUUUGGUGGAACAACUCCGCAAAGAGUUGCGUGAUUUGACAUGGGACGAGGAAGAGACAAAACAAACGUUGAAAAAACACCGAUACAAAAACGAAGAAGCCGAGAAAGAAAGAAAUGAAAUCAAAUUAAUCCUGGAAAAAGAGGAGAUAGAAAUUGCCAAGAAGGAAGAAGAAUUACAGCAUUUCCGAGCACGAGUGCAGUUACGAUGUGAAAAGAUUGAGAACAUGCGCCAGCAGAUCUUUAUAAAUCAGAUGCGAAAGGCAGAAGCUGACGAACAAAUUGAAGAACUGAAGAAGACUUUAGAAGAAGUAAAAGUGAAAGAAAAGGCCGACCAGCAACUCCUUACAAAUCGUUUGAAAGCUGUUCAGCACAAAUUACUAAAUGCUUCUUGGGUUAUUUCGCGUCGUAAGGAGAAGGAGGAAUUGGCAGAUCUCUACAAACGCAUUGAUGAGGUUCGUAGAAAGAAAGAGCGACUUUUACAGUCCAUUCGGGAGAAGGAAGCCAUUUUGACAGAAAGCCGUGAGCUACCAUUCACGAAUUUCUGUGUAGCAAUCGCCGCCAUAACACUGAAAAACCGUACUCUUCUGAAAAAGUUGGCGCAAGAAUAUGUCACUAUUGCACAGCUCACUCAAGAAUUAUCAAACCAGGGAAUUUUGGAUACGUCGAUACUCUCGCAAUAUAGUCAAACACAGACUAGUCAGGUUCAACCACUUGAGGAAAAAGAGGAAUCUUUGCUAUGUUUGAACAAUGUUGGCGGCGGUGAUGCAUGUGAGGAAACGGUAUCGUUCGACUGUGCAGGGGAGAAAAAUGCUGCCGAAGAUAUGACCGACGAUGUUCAUUUUGAGUUUCAAAAAGAAGCCGACUCAACUGUGACCAUGCCAACUCUAGAUGAUGGCAAACUGGAAGAGAAUGUCAAACUUGUUAUUAUAAAUGAGGAAAUCGAAAAAACUGCAUCGAAUAUAGCAAUGGAAGUAGAUAAGAGCCACGAAGUUCGUCCUAUUUCUGAUGAACUGAAAAUGAAGGCCGCAGGAUUUGAAGAAGGAAUAAUCAACAUGAAUGAAAAACAUGUUUCGGUUGAUGGGAAUAUUGACCCGAGUCAGACUUCUGAUAAGGACAAUAACAUGGACAGUAAUUUCAUUUCGAAUUUUAUUGAUAGUUCGGAAGAAGUGGAAACUGCAGUAUAUGAAGGAAGUGAAGGAGAGAAUACCGUUGAUUAUAAUGACGGCGAAGGUGAACCGGAUUCAGGCGUUAAUCUCCAACCAGUGCGGAGUGCUUCGUCUGAUCUGGAUCCUACUAAUUUCUUUGAAAGCUUUACAAAUUUUGCUCCCAGCGUAUCAGCGAUGAAUUUAUCGAAUACUUAUCUUGGCAUGGAUACAGAAUUUGAUGCAUCUGCAAUCUUCAAUCUUUCUGCCGUGAUGCAAAGUGAGUUGUCGUUAAAUUUAAAUUAA